GUCAAAACACCUCUUGGUAGCAGCGAUCGAUUUCGGGACAACGUACUCUAGCUGGGCGUUCUCGUUCAGGUAUGAGUAUGACAGCGACCCGACGUCAGUAUUCGCCAAGCAAUGGCAAGGACACGAGUCGCAAAAAGGCCCUACUUGUGUUCUGAUCAAGCCCGAUGGGAAAACUUUGCAUUCGUUCGGUUUUGAUGCUGAAACCAAAUACGCAGAUCUUAUUGAAUAAGAAGAACAUAAUGACUGGUAUUUUUUCAGGAGGUUCAAAAUGAAAUUAUGGAAACAGAAACUCAUUCGAAAUUCGAAACUGGAAGAUGAAAAUGGUCGGAAAUUAUUGGCAAGAACCGUUUUUGCGUUGGCCAUAAAGUAUCUGAAGGAUGAUUUAUUGUCUGUGUCUAAGGACCGAAUAGCGGACGCAGUGUUACAAAAAGAAAUACACUGGGUUUUGACUGUCCCGGCCAUAUGGGACAAUGCAGCUAAACAGUUCAUGCGGGAAGCUGCCGAAGAGGCGGGUAUAGAAUCGGGUAUGCUGUCUAUUGCACUUGAGCCGGAAGCUGCUUCACUUUUCUGUCGCCAUCUUCCGGUUGAGAGGAGUGGGAAUGAACUCUCUUUGGGAUCGUUGCGAGCAGGAAAACAGUAUCUUGUGCUUGAUGCUGGAGGUGGAACUGUCGACAUAACUGUUCAUGAAAUUACGCCAUCCGGUGACGUCAAAGAGCUGUACAAGGCGAGUGGUGGCGCUUGGGGUGGGACAAAAGUUGAUGAUUCCUUUGAAGAAUUCCUAGCUUGUUUGACAGAUAAAACUGUCGUCAACAAAUUCAAAGAAGACCACUUGGAUGAUUACCUAGAUCUUCUUCGACGAUUCGAGGUUAAAAAGAGAAUCAUUGACCCAGACAAGGAUUCGAAAGUCGUCAUGAGCAUGCCGCUUGCAUUUUUCACAACUGUCAAAGAACUUCUUAACAAAGAUUUCAAGGAAAUUGUGGACCAUUCAUCCUAUUCGGAGCAGGUGUCCCUAUUGGGAGAUAAGCUGAAAAUGGACCCAGCAGUUGCCCGAAACUUCUUCAAAGAAUCCAUCGAUAGCACGGUAGAACAUGUGAAAGUUGUUUUGCAAAAACGAGAAAACAGAGGCGUCGAAGCAAUCUUGAUGGUUGGAGGGUUUUCUGAGUCGAAAAUGCUCAACAAGGCAGUGAAACAAGCAUUCCCUGGAUUAAAGAUGAUCGUCCCUAAUGAUGCUGGUCUGGCAGUUCUUAAGGGAGCUGUGAUGUUUGGUCAUGAACCAUUGGGAAUUACCGAGCGAAUAAGCAAAUAUACGUAUGGCAUUCAUUCUGAUGAUUUAUUUGACUCUAGCAAGCACCCCGAAUCAGCAAAGUUCACUGACACUGAAGGUGUUGAAAGAUGUAAGAACUUCUUUAAUAAGCAUGUUAUUACGGGACAGUCGCUGAAAGUCGGAGAGGCCCAGGCCGUUGUAAAAUACUUUACACAAGCAACCCACACGUCAACUUUGCCAAUUGUGGUAUACGCAACAAAAAGUAAAACUCCAGUACUAAUUACUGAUCUAGGAUGCAGACAGGUUGGCGAAUGCAAAAUUCCCAUGACUGGUACCGGAGCUGACCGCGAGGUUUUAGUAAGAAUGAUAUUUGGUGGCACGGAAAUCGACGUCGAAUGUACCGAGAAAGCCACUGGCAAUGUUACGCAUAUUCCGAUUGACUUUUUGUCGUAGAAAUUUAUGGCGAAGAGCUUCUAAUUCUUAAGUCAGUGUGCAAAUUACAAUAUACAUGCACUAUAGUAUUAUGUUUGCAAGAACUGUUGCUUUCAAAUAAUUAUGUAUACUGCAUCAGACAAGCAAAUCAUAAUGAUUGGAUUAAAUACUAUUGUAUCCUUGUUUAAUUGGGCUUCAAAACAAUACCAUGCCUAAGCAAACUAUUGAGUGGAUUCCAAGCAAACAAUGCAACUUUAUUCCAAGGAUUUGCACUAUUUAGCCAGCUGCGUGUUGAAAUAGUUUAUUCACAAUGUUAAAUCAGACUUCUUUGUGCUGAAAGUCGAUUUUAUUAUAUACCCACUGUAGACAAACUAAUUGUAAAUAUUUGAUUGUAUUAGCUGAUUAGCCUGACACAAUUGUAAGUUUAUAAACUAUGCUAAUGUCAGUUAAUUUCAUUGCGAAAGAUACAUGUGUCGUAAACGAUGUCACACAUCAGUAAAAAAGAUUCAAUGCGUUGUACCCAACGAUGUCAAUUUUAUGUUAGUUGUAGACAAUUUUCUUUUUUUUUUCUUGCAAUUAAAUUAUCUGAUGUCUAGUAAUAUUGAGGUUUCACUUUUUUGUUCUUUAGCAUGUAUAUCUGCCAGUUAAGCACUUUUUAGAAGCUACUGUGUUAUUGUUUUUUUUCAUAAUGCCUGUAAGUGGCAAAAUCAUAUAUCAAAAUGCUUGUAUUUGUGUGUGCUUUUUAUCACAUUUAGCGAUUUUGAUUUGUUUGUAAUCUUAAUAUGGCUUGGUUUGUUGACUGCUUUUGGGGCCCAUACUAAAUUCAAAAUAUUAAGCAUAUAUAUAUCGUAAUAAUAACCUAUCGGAAGUGGGUAUAAUUGUUCUAUUCCUCAAAUCAAUAUGAACUCACUCCUGAAAUUUAAAAAUGUUUCAUUCUCUAAUACAGUUCCUUGUUAUGCUUGGUAAAUAAUCUUAAAUUAAAGUGACACUAUUAUUCAAAAUCAAUACAUAAGCAUGUAAAACAAACAUGAAGAAAACGAUAUCUGUUAUGAACCAAGCAUUUCUCCAUAAAAAUUCUUAAAUAUAAAUACUACGAUUUAGACUUUUAAGUAAUAUAUGAUAUAUGCCUCCCAAAUCCGUUAUUCCAGAUAUGCAACAUUUACAUUUUGAUUUAGAUAUUUAUCAUUUGUAUUUUUGAAACAUUUUCUUCUCUGUUAUGUUUUUAUGUGUCUUUUUUUUUCUUGUAAUAUGCCGUGUUUCAUUGCGACUUUAUUUUCUGAUGCAUAUGAUGUUUUGUGAAGAAACUGUUAUUAACAUGUUAACAAUAAACAAUUCUGUCCGUCUGAAUGUCUGUUUGCAAGAAGGGUCAGUGUGAAAUGGUUCAGUGGUGG